AUGGAUGUCUGGGCAGGCGACAUUGAGCUUCCGAACAAGCGUACCAUUCAAGACUGGUUCAGCGCACUACUCCUCAGCGGCCAUGUAGCAGGCAAAGACACGGAGCUGCCCUGGUGGCAUGCCUCCGCCGCACAAUCGCCCAUCGGCAUCCUGGUUGAAGUCCGGGGAGCGGCUAGCAACACCAACAGCCCCCCUAUCACAGAGCUGCUUUUCUACGCUACGUCCACAGAGCCCGUACAAGACGAAGCACUGGGGCCGCCAUCCCCCACAUCAUCAUCGUCGCCUCCGUCCAACACCCUCGCCAUCCGCGCACUCCCAAUCUCAUCCGACCUCCUCCAAAACCACGUUUCCUCCACCACCACCCCACCGCUUUCUCCCAGCCGCCCCGCCAAACCGACACCAGAAGACCACGCCGACGCCGACACCACCGACGCGGAAUUCCACCCCCCUCUCCACCCUACCUCUUCCAGCAACUUGAUCUCCGUCCCCCAAAACUCAAUCACCAACGACCGCAAGCGCCAGUCCGUCUCCUCCCUCUUCGACGAAGCCGCCGAGCGCCGCAAGCGCGCCCGCCGCCACGGCGGCGAGAGCGUCGCCGCGGCUGCCGCUGGAGGCGGAGGUGGAGCCGGUCCGCCCGUCUUGCCCAACAGGCGCUCAGCCUCAUCUUCGUUCAGCCUGCCGCAGGAUCUACUCGACAGCCGACCUUCGUCGGCGGAUGGGGGGAAGGGCGGUGGUGGUGUUGGCAGCCGCCCGCCGCUGUCGCGGUCGUCGAGCGUGAGUCUUAGCGAGGAUGUUAGAGCGGCGGCGGCGGCGACGACCAUGGUGAGGCGGACGUCGAGCUUGUUGCGGGUGACGAGCGUGGCGGCGGCCGCGGGCGAGGAGGGCGAGGGGAAGCAGGGCAUCGAGGCGAGGAAUAAGGACGUCAUUUCCAGGCUUGUCAUGGCGGGCAUGCGGAUGUAUGGGUUGCAGCAGCGGAGGAAGACGGCGGUGCGGAAGGCGUCGGUGGCGUCGGAUAAUGCGGCGGUGGCGGCGGCGGCGCAGGGAGAAGGGGCGGCUGCGGAUGGCGAUGCGGCGAGGGAUGAGGAGUAUAAGCUUGUGUAUCAUCAGGCGUAUCGUGGGACGGUGUUUGCAAUGCGUAAUCACAUCGCCACUGAACCACUUACCCUGCACAUGGAGCAGCUACGAGAAACGGUGGACAAGCUGCUCGCUAUCUUUUGCACCGAUCCACUAGCAGAUCCAGCUGAACAGCCAUCAUCGAGCGCUGGGGUCACGCCAGUUCCAAAGCAGCCACCAUUUGGGGCACCAGCUGGUGGAUUCGAGGGUAGUCCGUUCGAACAGAGGACGGAGAACUUGGACGACAGCUCUAUGCCCCUCAUCCUGUCACCAUGCUGUCUCGAAGCCGUCGACAAGGCCACCAAAACCUCUACAAACACUACCACCACCAUGUCGGCUCCCUCCUCUCCUCAAUUCGUCUUCCGCGCGGGCGGCGCUGGCGUCGUCCGUCGCAACCUCUUCACCAGCACCACCACCAUCGCCGGCAAGAAGCGUGGCACCUGGACCCGCUUCUCCGGCAGCAGCAGCACCACCAGCAGCAACAGCUUCUCCGCCUCUGCCUCCUCCUCCGCCUCCGCCUCCGCCUCCGGCCCGGGCCUGCUCUCCCGCGGCGCGGGCUCAGACGAGCACUAUGAUAGCGGCAGCAGCAGCAACAACAAGAGACGCAGGACCAGCAGCGCGGCCGUCCCUGCCCGCUGCUGGCCGGCGAGAGGAGCCGGGAUGAACAAGUUGUGGGAGAAGAUGUUUGGGCGGGGAGUCAAGGUCAUCGAGAAGACGCCCUCUGCUGCUGACUCUGCUGCCGCUGGCGGCAGCGGAGGAGGCAGCAUGGCGGUGGAGAAGUGGGUGAAGGGAGAGAGGGUGUUGAGGAGGAUUCUCGCCGUCGGAGAGGCGGAGGGAGAGGAGGAGAUGAGGGAUGAUGGGGAGGAAGAGGAGGACGUGGAGGAGAUGGUGGAGAGGGAGAAUGAGGAGUUGGUGGUGUUGAGGGAGGUGCUGGGAGCGGUGUUGGAGAUGUUCCAGGGGGAGAGGGAGGAGGACGGGGACGACGACGACGACUUCGUUGUCCCAUUCUGCAUGGCGGAGUGGCGUUGA